UUUUCAAAGGUCAUAUCCCAAUUGAUGGUAGGACCGACUAGAACAUUAUUCCUAUCUCAUAUUUCAGUUAGAGGUGAUAUUCGUGCUGCCUGUCGAAGAUUGUUCACUGCAAAUAUGGCUGGAAAAUACAAGAUUGUUAUGGUCAGACAUGGAGAGUCGGAGUGGAAUUUAAAAAACCAAUUCUGUGGAUGGUUUGAUUCAGAUUUAAGCGAAAACGGUAAAAAGGAAGCCGAAGCUGCAGGGGAAGCUGUUAAAGCAGCUGGUCUUAAGUUCGAUGUCGCCCAUACAUCUGUACUGAAGCGAGCUCAAAUUACUCUUAAUACAAUUUUGGCUAAAAGUGGCCAAAGUGACAUACCUGUUUUUAAGACAUGGCGUCUUAACGAACGUCAUUAUGGCGGUCUGACUGGAUUAAAUAAGGCCGAAACUGCAGCAAAAUAUGGAGAAGAUCAGGUUAAAAUCUGGCGCCGCAGCUUCGAUACUCCCCCACCACCGAUGGAACCUGGACAUCCUUACUAUGAUGCCAUUGUCAAUGAUCCUCGUUAUGCUAACGAGCCCAAAAAGGAAGAAUUUCCAAUGUUUGAAUCGUUGAAGCUCACAAUUGAACGUACUUUGCCCUAUUGGAACGAUGUCAUUAUUCCUCAACUUAAGGAGGGAAAAACCGUCAUGAUUGCUGCCCAUGGUAACAGCUUGCGUGGUAUUGUUAAACAUUUAGACAAUAUGUCUGAGGAUGCUAUUAUGGGCCUGAACUUGCCCACAGGCAUUCCAUUUGUUUACGAACUGGACGAGAACUUUAAACCUGUUGUAUCUAUGAAAUUCCUGGGAGAUGAAGAGACGGUAAAAAAAGCUAUCGAGGCCGUUGCAGCACAGGGUAAAGCUAAGUAAAAAA